CUCAGAGUCAAAAAAACACGGGCAGAUCCUCCGAGCAUCAUGUCUGACCACUGUACAGCUCUCUAGAGGACUCCCGACGCUGGACAUGGCGGAAAACCGGAUAAAAACACUCCUGAACAAUCUCUGGAUGUUAAUUCUCAUCGCAGACCACGUCCAGCCUGUUUUGUCAGACGGCUGGAUUCAUGCACACGCAGAGGACAAACUCUUCCACAAACUCUUCAUCGGGUAUAAUAAGUGGUCCAGACCCGUGCGAAACAUCAGCGAUGUUGUUAUCGUCAAGUUUGGCCUCUCCAUCGCUCAGCUUAUUGAUGUGGAUGAGAAGAAUCAAAUGAUGACGACAAACGUUUGGCUGAAACAGGAGUGGAAUGAUUAUAAACUGCGCUGGAAUCCGUCCGAAUUUGAUAAUGUGACGUCUAUUAGAGUCCCGUCAGAGAUGAUUUGGGUGCCUGACAUUGUUUUAUACAAUAAUGCAGAUGGUGAGUUUGCGGUGACCCACAUGACCAAAGCCCACCUGUUUCACACGGGAAAGGUGAGCUGGGUUCCUCCCGCCAUCUACAAGAGCUCCUGCAGCAUCGACGUCACCUUCUUCCCCUUCGACCAGCAAAACUGCAAGAUGAAGUUCGGCUCCUGGACCUACGACAAAGCAAAGAUCGACCUCGAGCAGAUCGAGGGCACGGUAGACCUAAAAGACUACUGGGAGAGCGGCGAAUGGGCCAUCAUCAACGCCGUCGGGACCUACAACACCAAGAAAUACGACUGCUGCCACGAAAUCUACCCGGACAUCACCUACUUUUUCAUCAUCCGCCGCCUGCCGCUCUUCUACACCAUCAACCUCAUCAUUCCCUGCCUGCUCAUUUCAUGCUUAACCGUGCUGGUGUUUUACCUCCCGUCAGACUGCGGAGAAAAAAUCACCUUGUGUAUUUCCGUUCUCCUUUCGUUAACCGUUUUCCUAUUGCUCAUCACUGAGAUAAUCCCCUCAACAUCUCUAGUCAUUCCUCUAAUCGGCGAGUAUUUGCUGUUCACCAUGAUAUUUGUAACGCUCUCCAUUGUCAUUACCGUUUUUGUGCUCAACGUGCACCAUCGUUCACCUAGCACGCAUUCAAUGCCACGUUGGGUUCAUUCGGUGUUCCUGGACCACAUUCCCCGCUGGCUCUUCAUGAGACGUCCAGAGCCUGAAAAGAAACCAAAAAAGACAGCCAAUCUGAGCACAUCCAAGAGCUGGUUCCAGCAGGAGACUGGAGUGGAUGGUCUGGUUUGUCAGGAUAUGGAGUUUGGGAUUGGUUUAUCCACAUCCAUCUCCUCUCCAUCCGCAACCUCUCUGCAUUUGUCUGACUCAGAGCCUUUACUCCAGAAGUAUGAGCUCCAGCAUUUGGGACAUGUGGUGAAUCUUUGUCAGCAUCCUGCUAAGCUUGGUAACCUGGUGUCAGAGCCUGGUCUGCUGUUUUCACCGUGUGUCCUGCGAGCUCUGGAAGGGGUGCGGUACAUCGCUGAUCAUCUGAGGGCUGAGGAUGAAGACUUUUCAGUCAAGGAGGACUGGAAAUAUGUGGCGAUGGUGAUUGACCGCAUCUUUCUGUGGAUGUUCAUCAUCGUGUGUCUAUUGGGAACCAUCGGCCUCUUCUUACCGCCGUGGCUAUCAGGAAUGAUCUAAAAAAACACAUUCAGAAGCACAUCAAGAGCAGCGAUAAACACUGAACUGAUGGAAAGCGAGACCUUUCAGCAAGAUGACCAACAUGUGUCACAAUAAAGAAAGCUCUUUAUAUUUGGCUUCUUCUUUUGAUGAGAGAUGUCGGCUCCUUCAGGGUUUAUUUGAGGACGCGCUUCAUUGUUAAAAACGCCGAAAACAGAAGUAACCUCUCGCUGAAUGCCUGACAUUUAACAGUAUCAAAACCUCGAGUCUGUCGCAGGCGUCGCAAUAUGCAAAAUUAACCUUUGGGAAAGAGGCAAACGCUUGUGUGACCCUGACGAGUGGCGGGUCACUCUUUACCCUUUAUCCCACUGCUCAAUGAAUCCCAGAUUACAUUUCGCGCCGCUUUCAACAGCAAUUAUCUCCAGGGUCAGAAGGCGACGCUUAUUUAUUUAUAACUUUCUGGAGUCUCUGAAAGAUAUAUUGUGGAGGUCGUGCAAUUAUACCAGUCGGGUCUGUGAACUGUGUGGUUUAUUAAGGGGGAGAAAGGCAUUUCAUAUUUCUGUUUUAAAAGUUCUGCUCACACCGGAAGAAUGAUCUUCUUACGUACAUUUUUUUUGGUCUUCCUUCAAGUCAAAACAUCUAUAAAGUUUUAAAUCAGGAAGCAUUUUGUAGUUUCUUCAAGAUUCAUUUUCUUCUGCUAAAGUAUUUUAUUAUUUCAGAAAUAAUAAAUAAUAAGUCAAA